AUGCAGUCGCCAUCCUCGGAGGCCAGCCUUCGCAACGUAACCGAUAAGAUUCGGGAUGUUUCUCUGUCUGGCGAAACAAAUAGACUUGUUGUCGGGGUUGACUUUGGAACAACAUAUAGCGGAGUCGCCUGGGGCUACACUGGUUCUCCCAGCGAGAUUCACGUAAUCCAGAGCUGGCCUGGCGGCGUAAACCUCACCUCUCCCAAGGUCCCCUCCAAGAUCGCCUACGAAAAGGACGGCAUAAAAUGGGGCUUCCAAAUCAAGCCUUUCCAGAACUGCAUCGAGUGCUUCAAGCUCUGCCUGGACCCCAACUUGCGACCACCAGACUUUGUUUCGCUCCCUAAUAUCUAUGCCCAGCUACAGCAGCACGAGAAGACUGUUCAAGAUGUCGUCAGGGACUAUCUGCAGAUGCUCUACGACCACACUAUCACCAUGCUGACCCGGUCUCUCGGACAAACGUUUGUGGAGAAUACUAAGAUUGAGUUUAUCCUCACGUGCCCGGCCGUGUGGAGCGACCGCUCGAAGAACGCGACGCUACAGGCAGCGGAGGGCACGGGUAUGGCAAAGUCCUGUAAGAUUAGGCUAAUCUCCGAGCCCGAGGCUGCGGCGCUAUAUACCUUGAAAACAAUACGGCCAAAGAAUUUGUCGGCGAACGAUGAUUCGUGCUUUGUCGUUUGUGAUGCGGGUGGUGGUACGGUGGAUCUAAUCUCGUAUGAGAUUUUGCAGACGGAGCCGUUGCAAGUGAAGGAGAGUGUUACAGGCACAGGUGAGCUAUGCGGGUCUGCGUUCCUGAACCGCCGGUUCGAGAGCUUCGUGAAGGAGCGAUUAGGCUCCACCGCUUAUUUUGCGAUGAAGGAGAAGACCAAAAUUGCGGCUCUCAAGUCGUGGGAGGAGUAUGUGAAGCGGGUCUUUGUAGACGGCGAGGAUCAGGACGUAUUUCCGAUACAAUUCCCCGGGCUUCCCGACGACGAAGCGCGAGGGAUUGACUGCGGCUUCAUGACCGUUACAAGGGAAGAGGUACAGGGUAUAUUUGAGCCCGUGAUUGAAGAGGUUGUACGACUUGUAGACGGACAGAUCACAGCGGUACAGUCAAAGGGGAAGCGAGUAAAGAGUAUUCUCCUUGUUGGCGGCUUUGGUUCCUCGGAAUACCUCUUUAUGCGUCUCCAGAACAAAUACACCGAUAUUCUUUCCACUCCCGACAACCCAGACGUUGUGCUCCAACCUGUAGAUUCAUGGACUGCCGUCGUUCGAGGCGCUGUAAUUCGUGGAAUGGAGACUAUCGUGCAGACACGCAAGUCGCGAUACCAUUACGGCGUCAAGUACUGGGAGUACUAUGACGAGAAUAUUCACUCUGAAGAGCACAAGUACUGGGACACGACAAGGGAGAAGUGGCUCGCCGAGAACCAGAUCAAGUGGUAUAUCGCAAAGGGAACGGAAAUGUCCGAGGAUGAGAGUAUUGCGUUUCCAUUCUAUAUCACCUUUGAGGACCACCAUAGUAGGGUUUUAGUGGACGAGUUGGUCUGCUGCCAGGAAACGUUCCCACCAAAAUGCAUCGAUAGCACGGUUAAAACUGUGUGCAAGCUCCGCUCCGAUCUAACAAACGUGCCCAAGAGCAUGUACACCAAGGGCAGGAACUCCAAGGACGUGGAAUACGAAGGCUUGCAUUUCACGAUGGAAAUGACGGUGUUGAGCGCGUCACUGCUGUUUGAGCUGAGUGUCGACGGUGUCCGGUAUGAAGAUGAUUCCCUCGAGCUCAGCUGGCAUUGA